CCAUCAGCAUGUCUGAUGUAGCGGAGCUAUCCGAAGACAUUCGAGAUAUAUUUUGCAAGUAUAAGGAAAAACGAAGAGCAGACCUUUUUCGUACCCUCAACGAUGUCAAAUGUUGCGAAUGCGGUCAUCAGUCACGAAUACGCGAUGUUCAGAAAAAAAUAUCUGUCUACAAUAAAAUGACGAUCUUCUAUCAGCUGGUACUGUCAAUUCUAACACUGCUACUCUUGAUGGCCUGCUAUGCAUUAUGGGCGGCUCGUCGUUACAACCAUGUUCGAUUAUUUGGAGCGGGGGCGUGCGCUUCAACAUUUCUGUGGACAUAUGAUGACUGCACAGUAGCACGUUAGCAUGUAUUUUGGUAUAAUUUAUAUAAUGAAUAGAAUGGAAACAAACGCGCAUUUAGGUCAAAAACAUUUAUUUUCAAACGAUUAAUGAAUUAUGUAUAAAAAAAACUAAACUAAAAUGUCAGAUGUUAACGACUGUUGCUUGUUAAAUUUCUACACAUACCCAUAAUACAUGUUGAAUCUGGAAUAUCCUUUUCCUUAUUACCUUAAUUUUAUGGGUGUAUAAUGAAAUCCCGAUAUACAAAAGACCCAAAUACAGAAUCCCGAAAGACAUUAUCCAGACACAACCAAAUCCCGACCAUACAUAAUCCCGACAAGACACAAU